AUCAGAUAUUUUGAUUAUGAAUUGUAGGAUGCUGCUGAAAAAAUAUCGAUUACCAAGUGAUCAUGAAUAUGCUUUUAAGUUGGGUCUUCUGGAAAGAGAAAUUGAGGAUGUUUUUCAGCGAUUGCAUCAAGAACAAACACAAAAUCCAGAGGAAACUCGCUUCUCACAAACAUUACACCAGGAGAAUGACAGAUGCAUUGAUCAGAAAGAAAUUGAUGAAGAAGAUGUUUGUCCCAUUUGUCAGAAGGAGUUAUUAAAGAAAAUGCUUCCUAUCACUUACUGCAGAAAGAGUUGUGCUAACAACAUUCACAUAAAAUGCAUGAAAACUUGGGCUGAUCACCAAGAUGAACUGGAGAAUGACUCUCUAGUGAAGUGUCCACUUUGCAGAGAAAAAUUUGCACUUCUAAGGCUCAUUGUAGAAUAAUUUAGAAACUCUAAACAACUUGUGACUGCAACAGAGAAAACAAGACUCGAUACACACCUUGGAAUCCCUUGUAAUAACUGCAGAGUAUUGCCAGUUGUAGGGAAGCGCUACAACUGUAUUGAGUGUGUUGAAUAUCACCUAUGUCAUGAAUGCUUCACUGGCUUUUGCCAUCUCCACUUUUUUAUUUUUAGACAAAAGAGAAGUAACAAAUGGAGAGCUCUUCAACAGCUUUCAGAAUUAUCAGCCCAAAAAAGAACAUUUAAAAGCUUUAACCCAGGAAAUAAUUCUGACGAAGAGAUAUUAUAUCUUCAGGAGAAGACUAGUUGGACCACAAAGAACACUGUAAAAGCUUUACCCAUCAUUUUAAUUAGUCAACACAGUAAUUUACUUGCUCUGGGUAUUCAGUGUAGACUUUGUUUGAAGAGCUUUCAACUUGGUCAGCAUGUAAGUCUCCUACCAUGUAAUCACAAGUUUCAUAAAUUGGAAAUUAGUCAUUGGCUACUGCAGCAAAGAAACACAUGUCCUAUUGAUGAAUAAGUUGUAUACAAUCCUCUGACUUGGAAGGAUACGCCAGCCAAACAUGGAAACUACCCAAAAGGUCCUCAUGCAAAUCUUGGCAAACUUGCAAAGCAAACGGAACCAGAAAUUUGUGUAUCUGGAAAUGGACUAUUUCUCAAGCAAAUAUCAUCUGAACAUGCAUCAGAAAGUUCUCAAA